GCCAGGAGGAGACAGAGAGAGAGAGAGAGAGAGGGAAACCUGUGGAGCCUCUGAGACGCUGAGGGGAAACAACAUGACUGAGACUUCAGCUCUGUGGUCGGAGGAAUAACUGAACCCUGACAGGAAUGGAGAUCUGCACCGUUCAACACUAGCUGUUCUGUGAUUGGCUGACUGCUGACAUCAGUAUCAACAUGGCUCACCUGUUCCUUGCUAGUAAGAUCACCAUGCCGGACGACCUCCAUAGCAAAGGUGGUCCCAGGAUCCCCCGGAGUGCCAUGAAGGUGCCGACGUUGAUCUCUGCCGAGAAGCUGAACCGGGACAAGGCCAGCAAGGACCACAGCGUUGUCUUGACAACGCACGUCCCGCACAUCAAUGAGGUCCAGCUGACUGCGGCCACCGGUGGUGCCGAGAUGUCCUGCUACCGCUGCACCGUUCCGUUUGGCGUGGUGGUCCUCAUUGCCGGCAUUGUGGUCACAGCGGUGGCGUACACCUUCAACUCUCAUGGGUCAACCAUCUCGGUGCUGGGACUGGUGCUGCUGUCUGCUGGACUGGGACUGCUGGGCUCCAGCGCUGUCUGCUGGAGGGUUCGACUGAGAAAGAAGAAGGACAAACGGAGGGAGAGUCAGACAGCGCUCAUGGCCAGUCAGGGAUACUGUGUGGCCUGAUCCUUGUCCAAAGAAACAGCUGUUAGAUCUGGACAGUCAAGAUGACAAACUUCAGGAAGACGUGAACCUGAACGCACCAGACUUUCAUGAACUGGUCGACUUUGCAAAUCCAGUGCCAUCAGGUUUACACACUGUAAAGAGAUGGACCUUGGACUCCACCUGAGGUGAUCUAACUCUCCUUAGCGAUGGGAGGCUGUGGUGCUCAGAGUAAAGCAUGACUCUCUAGACACAUGUCAGCUUGCAGGAGGAUCCAGAAAAUAACUCCAUCACAAUGGAAGAGCUGGACGAUGGACAACAGCUAAACUUUCUGUUACAAAGCUAAAGUCCUGAGACAAUGAGUUUGAUAAUCAAUGAAUCGCCAACAACUCUGAUAAUCGAUCAGUCGUUUACGUCACUUGCCAAACAUUCUCUGGUUUCUGCUUCUUCAUGUUUCUGUUUUGGAGUUUUGGAGACAACAUUUGAAGAACUCUGGGAACUGAUGGUUAGAGUUUUCUACAGACGCCCUCAGGGGUCAUAUGGUGGAAAAAAUAUUGCCAUGGAAAUCGGAGAAAUUACUAAACUGAGCAUUUGGUUUACGGGAUAUUUUGAAUGAGAAUAAAAACUCUGAAUUAGAAUUCCUUUUAAAAACAGAUUUUAAAUGAUUUAAUUGUCAUAGCAGCUAUAAGAAGCCACAGACGAAUAAUCAGUGUCAAAAAAAGCCAAUCUCAUAUUCUGUAGAUCGAUAACAACUGAGUCACUGUGUGUUAGUCAUUGUAAAAUACAGUUCAGUUUUCAGAGCUUUAAAUGCCAAAAGAAUACAUUUAAUUAAAUUUUAACUAAAUCUAUGAUGCAAGAAAUACCUGAACCCCUGAUGCUUGUGCUGUUAUGUGCACCACACAUUUUAGUUUCCUGUUUUUCUGACAUUAAUUAUCUGUCUGUGCUUUCAUUCAGUGGAUAUGAAAAGAAAACUGCAUUAGAUUAACUUUAUAACACCUCCCCUGCUUUUAUUCUGAAGGUCAGAGGUCCCUGUCACUGUAAAUGCUCAAUUUAUUCAUCUGUUUGCAUGGAUCUUAAUUUUGUUUUUCCUGCCAUAUGACAUUUUGGACUAAAUUAUUAAUGAAUUAAUCAAUACCAUGCUUUGAUAUAGGAGAUGGUUUCCUGUAGCCCCUCAGAGCUCCCUGAUGAUGAUGUUCAGUAUCUGUAACUAAAUGCUGCUAAUAAGCUAUAAAAGACAUGUAAAGGUACUUUGUUGCUGACAUUUCUCUUCCUGAGAUGAAACAGUCGUCAGGUUGUCUCGUCUCUGAUUGUCCCCGUCUGUGACCUCUGUACAUUUUACUCUGUGAUUCAGCCAUAUUGAAUCUGUGGAGAGGAAAUAUUGGAUUUAAACAUUCUGUGAUUUAUCAUCAUGAGAUUAAAUUUGAAGACACGACCUGGAGAAUGAAUCUGUGAGGUCACAGACAGGAAUAUUCUCUGAUAUGCAUGCCACUUUGUAUGUUUAAACUAGUGCACUAUGAUCCAACGUGGUGAUAAAUAACCAAAUGUCAUGUAUUCCACCAUAUUAAUGAGCUCACAUGUAGAUGUAAGUGUAAUUGUGGAGCUGAGAGUUUCUCUCUGACAGCUCAGUCUUAUUUAUUCUGUGUCAACAGACAUGUAAGUUUUA